UUUUGUCAUCCAAAACCAUCUAGGGUUUAGCGGCGAACGCUGGUCUUCCUCGCUGCUGCUUCUCUGCAGCCCGUUCGACGAGCGAAUUGCCUGAAACAAUGGGACGCAAGGCGAAGAAAUUCAUCGACAAGAAGAAGUCGGCGACCUUCCAAUUGAUGUCCCGCGACUCCGCCGACCCCAGCUUCGACGACGCUCCCGGCGGCGACCGCAUCUUCGUCCGCGUCGACAACAAUCCCUACUCGGCCGCUACCUUGGAGGACGCCGACGGCGACGGCGACGGCGAUGGCGAUGACGAUCCGAUUUCGAUGUUCGCGGACGCGCCCGGCGACUGCGAUGACGGCGUCAGCGACGGUGGCGCUAUGGGAAGUGCGGUCGGGAAUCAGGGAGUUGGAGGUGGACAUGGUGCGUCAACGUCGCGGCUGCCGGAGCAUAUCAGGAGGGAGAUUCUGGAGCUUGGGUUUCCUGAUGACGGCUAUAAUUACCUGUUGCAUAUGAGGGAGAUUAGGAAUGCAGGUAGUGGUUCGGCUUUCUAUCAGAAUCCUAAGGCUAGGCUUGACCUGGUUCCUAAAGAUGUUAAGGCUUAUGAUGCUUCGCAUGUACAAGUUCCUAAAUCAGAAGGUGAUCCUAAUGAUACAUCGAUUUAUAGUGUUGCUGCCAAUAGUGUUAGUGUGAGAGUACAGAAGGCCAUGGAUCCUGAAGUUGCUGCAUUACUUGAUGAUAGUGACCUCUCACGGUUUGGGUCUGAUGUCGAGGACUUGGAAGAAGAUUUUAUUGUUCAGGCAAACCAUCCUGAAGGCGAGGACAAUAUUGUGGAGGAAAAUUUGCAAUAUUCCGGGAAGCCUAAAGUGAUGGGGAGAGUUACUAAUGGAUCAGAUGCUUUUGCUGGUCAAGAGAAACAAAUUGACAAUGGCUUUCCUCACGAAAUAGGAAGUCAGUUUGUGGAACCAAAUGACUACUUUGACGAUGAGAAGCCACGAGAACGUCGUCCGCUGGAUGAGCAAUUCGAUCUUCUUGAACUUCAGGAGUAUGGAUCCGAGGAUGACGAGGAUGAUGGUUAUGGUGGUUAUAUCGCUGAAGAAGAUGAAUCCCUUGCUCUGAAACUCAAACAGGCUUUUGAUUACAAAGAUAUGGAUGACUUGGAAAUUGAUGACAAGUAUAGAGUUCCAGCUGAUUUAUUGAAGGGAAAUGAAGCGAAAAGCAAACAGCUACGGGAUUCUGCUGCUGAUUUGAUCCGUCGUUGUGUGGAAUAUGCAGACAAGUAUGAAAAUGAGAAUGACGACAAAGAAGUAGUUAUUGUUGAAGAAAGUAGUGAUGAAUCCGAGGUGCAGGACUGUGAAACUAUUGUCUCUACAUAUUCAAAUCUUGAUAAUCACCCAGGCAAAAUCAAAGCACCCGAGGUAGCCAGAAAGAAGAAAUUGGCUGGCACAAUUUCUGUUGCUUUAGGUGCGGCCAAUCCGUUGAUACCCCUCAAAGGAAAAGAAAAACUUCCUGUUGACUAUCUGCCUCAGAGCAUAAAAUCUUCAGCGCAAAAGGUCAAGGAUGGCAGUGUCUCGAGGAAUGAGCAGCCUAGGAGGAAACAGCUUGGUCAAGAGUCAAAGGAAGAGAAGAAAGAGCGUAAGGCUGCUGUGAAGGAGGAAAGGCGGGAGGCACGUCGCACGAAAAAGGAAAUGAAGGGGCUUUACAGGUGCGAAGCACAGCGGGCGCAGAAAGUGGCUGCCAUCACUGGCCCGUCGUCCAUCCCUCUCAUGUAGUUAAGUUGGCAGUGUUCCACCUGAUUGGACGGGGUUGAGUCCAACGGAGGCGAAGAGCUGAAUCUUGCAUACCCUUUUUCUCCAAGGGGAUGGUGUGGCUACUGGAAUCGACAAGCUGUACCGCUAGGAUUUUUAAGUUUUGCUUGUUUACAUUACACAUUUGGAACAUCCACUGGGAAAGCAUGGUUACGCAUUUGUUUAUUUACACAUUCGCGUCAAACUUCCCUCGCCUUUUUCGCACAGGCUGUCGUCCUAUAAAAGUGAAAAAGGGAAACAAGACACUUGUCAUCGCCGAUGAAAAAGCUUCCCUGCGAAGAAAUUGCAAAUUUGCAAGAUUCAAAGGGUCAACAGUUAAA